UGGAGGGCAUAAUAUUAUAGCACGUGUAUUUGUUUUAAGAAACUUUUUUUUUGAUUGUUUGAUGAUUAUGGAAUCGGAAAGAGAAAGUUUAUGAGAUUAAAAAUUUCUGGAACGAAGGAAGAUGAAGACUGAGAUUGAAACAGAGACAGAAUGCACGGAUGGCAUCCUUUGUUCAAACAACAACAACGUCAACACAAACAAUAAUAAUGUGGCAAAUAUUAAAAAAUCUGGUACCAAUAUUACGACUAACGACAGCCACGAUGGAAUGGAAAUGGACUGUGGUGGUUGCGGGGAAAGCGUACGCGAGCGCACUGUCCUCUGUGUAGGGGGUCGUACCUGGCAUUCCAGAUGUCUGAAAUGUUGCGCCUGUGCUAGGCCACUGCACGAUCAGCACUCCUGUUUCCUUCGAGGGAUGCGGCUUUAUUGCAGACACGACUACGCCUUAACAUUCGGUGCUAAAUGCGCGAAAUGCGGUCGAAGCGUGGGCGCCGGUGAUUGGGUGAGGAGGGCCAGGGAAAGGGUGUAUCAUUUGGCUUGUUUCGCUUGCGACGCAUGUUCUCGCCAACUCUCCACCGGAGAGCAAUUCGCCCUCCUGGACGCCAGAUUGCUCUGCAAAGCUCACUACCUCGAUGUGGUGGAGGGAAACAAUACCUCGUCCUCGGAGGAUUGCGACUCUGAACACGGUGGUAAAGGUAGCAAGACGAAGAGGGUCAGGACGACUUUUACGGAGGAGCAGCUAUCGGUUUUGCAAGCGAACUUUCAGUUAGACAGUAAUCCUGAUGGCCAAGAUCUCGAGAGAAUAGCGCAUGUCACGGGGUUGAGCAAACGAGUGACGCAAGUAUGGUUUCAGAACUCGAGAGCCAGGCAGAAGAAACACAGUGGGAAGAUCAAGACCCAAAUGCACCAUUCACCACCGAUGCAACAUCACCCAGUAGAAUUAUACCCAACCAGCGUGAACAUGGUAGGCGCCUAUUUAGGAGGAUAUCAGGGUGGUAGCGCAGGAAGUGAAAGUCCUGGCAGUCCAUUGACACCUCUCACCCCUCUGACACCUCUAACCCCAACAACGCCCAAUCACCUUCAAGCUCAGUUCUGUCAUCAAACAGGGUAAAACUUCGUCCAAGAAUUGAAACCGAUGAUUAAAUUCAAAUUUUCCAAGUUUUAAAGACAUUUCUGAUUUUUUUAAAAUGAAAAGUUUCCGAUUAAAAUCUUUUAAAACAUUGAUCUCGUAAAAUUCAGAGAAC